AAGAACUUUGCUUCAGACACAGCACAGCUGGAGAUCGAACUGCUCAGACAGAGCUUGUCCAGCCGCUGUGGAACCAUGGCUCACAGAUGGAUAAUUCUGUUGUUUAGCCUGGGCUUGACUGCAGCCAAGCUGACCGGCGACACAGAAAUGGAUGUUGAUGAAGGCCAUGACUGGGACAUCUUUAACAUCAAUGAAGACGCUGGACUGGACCUGCUGGAAGGAGAUAUCAAACAGGAUGAAACAGAAAGCAGAAAUUCCAUCAUCGGAGACCAGUAUCGAUGGCCAACCACAAUUCCAUACUACCUAGAGGACAGUCUAGACAUGAAUGCUAAAGGUGUGGUCCUGAAGGCCUUUGACCAGUACAGACUGAAGACCUGCAUCGACUUCACACCGUGGAAAGGAGAAGAAAACUAUAUAUCUGUGUUCAAAGGCAGCGGAUGUUAUUCUUCUGUAGGUAACCGGCGCGUUGGAAAACAGCGGCUGUCCAUCGGUAAAAACUGUGACCGUCUUGGAACAGUUGAGCAUGAGUUUCUGCAUGCUCUGGGUUUCUGGCACGAGCAGUCCAGAUCUGACCGUGAUGACUAUGUCAACAUUAUAUGGGAUCAGAUUGAAUCCGGCAAAGAGCACAACUUCAAUACCUACGAUGACACGGUGUCAAGUGCCCUGGGUGUUGCCUAUGACUACGGCUCUGUGAUGCACUACAGCAAAACCGCCUUCAAUGUCGGCUCUGAACCCACCAUCGUCACCAAGCUCCCCUACUUCAUGGAUGUGAUUGGUCAGAGGAUGGGGUUCAGUGCCAGCGACCUCACCAAGCUCAACCGCCUCUACAGCUGCACCACGUUCUCUAACUUUGUGGACAGCUGUAACUUUGAGGAGGAGAACAUCUGUGGGAUGAUGCAGGGUGCCGGGAACAAAAAGUGGGAACAGCGUGGUUCUGUGAACGGAGGUCCCCAAAAUGACUUUACCAACUUGGGACAGUGUAAAGGAAAAGGAUACUUCAUGCACUUUAGCACAGCGUCUGCUGCACCUGGUGACCGCGCAAUUCUGGAAAGUCGUUUGCUUUACCCGAAACCCGGGGCCCAGUGUCUGCAGUUCUUCCUCCAUAACACUGGAGCAACUGAUGAUGUGCUCAACAUCUGGAUACGAGAGUACGACAGUGCCAAUCCCAGUGGCACAAUGAAGCUCUUCAAGAGCAUUUCAGGAGGUGCCAUGGGCUCCUGGGAGCUGCAUCACGUUAAUUUGGAUGUGAAACAAAAGGCACGUGUGAUUUUUGAGGGUGUGAGGGGAAAGCUGGCAUCCUCAGGUGGAUUUUCUCUGGAUGACAUUAACCUGUCAUCCAUGAGCUGCCCUCAGCACAUCUGGCACAUUCGCAACAUCACCAAGCUCCUGGCUAUCACACCGAAAGGAACCAAAACCUACAGCCCUCGCUUCCUUUCACCAGCAGGAUACUCCUUUCAGGUAGGUGUGUACUUCAAUGGAAUAAGUGACCGACCGAACUACAUGGCCGUCUACUUCCACCUCACCUCAGGCCCCAACGAUCACAACCUGAACUGGCCUUGCCCAUGGCACCAGGCAACCAUGGUGCUGAUGGACCAGCAGUCAGAUAUCAGAGAGCAGAUGAACAUGCACCGCAUGGUGACCACUGACCCUGCCAAGAUGUCCUCUGAUGGCAAAGAGUUCUACUGGGAUGAUCCCCGGAAGGUGGGCUCUAAGGUGACCCUGCCUGACGGCAGCUACUACUAUCGCGGUCCAGGUACGGGAACAAGCAUGUUCCUCACCCACAGCAGGCUGAGAAGCAGAAAGUUCAUCAAAGGAGAUGACGCCUUCUUCGUCUUCAGUCUGGAAGAUAUAUCAGACCUUCUUGAACCUCAGCCGCUUCCCCGCUCUGCGCUCCAAGCCGACUCUAACCAGAUGAAGGCUGCAGACCAGGACGUUGGACAUGGGGCUGUUCCUAACUCCACUGUGAUCAUUGCUGCGACGGUGUGCGCGGCAGCAGCCAUUUUGGUGGUUUCCGUGAUGAUUAUCGCAAACACCCGGAAAUUGAGGAUGAGGAAACAACGGGAGAACGACCAGAUGGUGAUCAUACAGGACAUGCCUGGAUUCAUGGAUCUGAGUGUGAGCCACACAGUCGAUCAGCCCAAGGAUUUGCCAUCGCUCAGCACUCCGUAAUGCAGUCUGUGGUCGUGACCCAAAGGAAAAUCUGACUGGCUGCAACCACAAAAAGCUGGAUAUCAGUGAACAAAAUGAUUUUCUACAUAUAAAAUGGGACCAAUAUCA